AUGCACAUCUUCCAGUGCAGCCGCCGUAUCUCCGUCAAGAAAAGUCCAAUCGAGGUUGCCGUUGCGGACUCGGGUUGGAUCACGAUGGAAUUCUCCGAAUUCGCACAGACAGUCCGCGGCUUUGCUGUUAUCGGCAGGGGCGGGUCCUCGACCGACUGGCUGGGGAGGUACGUACCGCACAUGGCCUUAAUCAAGAUAGGAACGCUACAAGGUUGCGCAUGGCGGGAAUUGGAUGUGUACCUACGUAUCUUCGCUGUGCAGAUAAUCAAAGUGCGUCUUCUCGAGCAGAAGCUAAGACAGCGCCAUCCCGCGAAGUUGUGGUGGUUUAAUUCUUCUUCUACUUCCCACAGCGCAAUUUCUGAUACACUUGAUCCCAAUCUCACAAUAACAUCGUCAAUUGUCAAUGGCACCUGGUCCCUGUCGCCUCAGACUUUGGAGACUGAAACUUUCAGCGACCCUCGUGAUGGCCUCAUCCGCGUCUUUGCCUGUGCCACCGCGGCUUAUGCCAUGCCACCGGCUAGGCUGAGUGUUCACUCAUACAUGCACACUCCAGGAUUUACCGGGAACAACAUAAUUCUUCCCGCCGAACCUUUGGCUAGGACAGGCAUGGCAGGCCGCACGCGAGAUUCCAUUGACCAGGCGAUGGUCGCAGCGCCAAGUGCUAUUACAGUCGCAUUCCUUGCGGUGCCUAUUUCGCAGGGCCCGGGCUUUUCAUCUCGGUCUAACGUUACCCAACACAGGUCUGGUGUUCUUUCCCUCAACUUCGUCGAGAGUUCCUCCGCUCCUCGGUCUACAGAAACAACACCAGUCCCAAACGGUGUUAGAACGGCAGGAACACUAGCCACAGAUAUGCAGCUUGGCUGUUGCCGUGGUCCGGGAGACUCGCAGGUUCCAUCUCCAUUCUUGUGUGGGGGCAAGGGUAUCUAUUGCCAAUCAAUUCAACGCAACGCACUUUGCUCCGGGCGCCGUCCCAUUUGCUGCUUCUUCUUCGCCCUCGGUCUCUGGCUUCUCCCCGUCACUGCCAUCCACUGCACAACCUACCGAUGCCUCAGAUUCAUUGAUUUCCCGAUGCUUCUUUCAUUGCCGGCAGACGUGGAAUAUUUCCCGGCGGCAUCUCUAGAGACCACUCUCGAUUACACGGAUUGCAUCGUCAAUCGCCAAUUCACCAAAGUGGCAGCUAUUACGGUGUACCAAAAAGACGUCUCAUCUUCCGAAACGAACCUGGCCUUUACCCGCCCCUUCUCACAUCGCAUCGCGUCGCCCUCUUCUUGGCCAUCGAAUGGUGGUACAGCAGACGCCAUGAGCCUUCACAAGCCGACAUCUCAGCAUCAUGAUCUACCACCUGAACCUCUCCACAGAGCACUCACCUUAGUCCCGGCGCAUGCGGAUGUUCGUGCCCAAAGCUCCAACGCCGUUGGACGCCAGCCAACAAUCACGGCACAAAGAGGCCGCCUCGCCAACUCCAAUGUCGAUUUUGGGCGGAUGAAAAAGACAAUGAGUCUCUCAAAUCGGCAACGCGGCCAGUCCACGCACGCUCUUGCAGUAGCACUAACCCGAAAUAACACCUGGCACCUGUGGCACUGGCAGACCAUGUUAUCUACACUAGCCAUCUGCACCAAACGCCUGGGGUACCGGUAUGCGGGAGGGGCUGCUACCAACCCGCCUGAAGCAGAGCUUGCUAUCGGAUGCAAAAUUUCCAACAGGCGACGGUUGGGCAGCAGAAACGGUCUCUUGUUCAAUUCAGAGUACAUUGGUGAUUCACUCAUGGCCAGUACCAUAGGUAUUGUCUUCCAGCCAACCGCAAACAUUCUGCAUGUGUCUGUCGCACCGGCUAUGACCAGCCAACCGUCACUUACAUCGGACCAUCGGCAGCGUCUGUUCGGCCAUGCAGAUUCUCCGCCUCGUCCAGCUGCAUCCAUCUCAUCACACCCUCCCGUCCUUCGCCAGCCACCCGCGAACCAAGUUUGCGCAUUUCUUGAGGCGUCGCCAGAAACUGCUCGCAAAGUUGGCCUAGACCUGCAAGAGGCUGCCGAUACGAACUUUGCUUCCAGCGUCUUUGCCGCCAGCCCUCAGUCUAUGGCUUCAUCUUCUGUUGAGUGGCUUGGCUUGUUGAGCUGCCUCAGCAAUGUUUUCCUCCGUCUAGAAAGUCAAUGGAUCGGCUUCUGA